CGGCGGGCGGGAGCGCGGAGGAGGUGGAAAGAAGGGGGGCGCUGUCACGGAGACUCCGGCCGCCGGAGACCCCGCCGCAGCGAGGCCACUGGGCUCCCCGGUCGCAGGGCGUGAGCGCGCCGACCGGGGCACCAGGGAGACACACCGGGCGAAGGAGGGGGCCUAUGUACCCUUCCGCAUUUUCCUGGGUCUCUCUCCCGGGCGGUGACGUGACGUGCUGACGGCGGGCCCGUGCCGGGGAGCUGGGCCGCUUUUUGUCAGCUCCGAGCUCGGCCCCUCCUCCCUCCCUCCGCCCGCCCCACCAGCCGGAGCCCGGCCCAGUGCUCCAGAGAAAGGCCGGCCUGCAGCACCCGCCACCGUCGCCGACCGCCCGCACGCCCGUCCGGAGCUGUGACUGAUGAGAAUUAAAGGCCAUGGAUGAAGAUGGACUUGAAUUACAACCACAAGAGCCAAACUCAUAUUUUGAUGCAACAGGAGCUGAUGCUACACACAUGGAUGGUGAUCAAAUUGUUGUGGAAGUACAAGAAACUGUUUUUGUUUCAGAUGUUGUGGAUUCAGACAUAACUGUGCAUAACUUUGUUCCUGAUGACCCAGACUCAGUUGUAAUCCAAGAUGUUAUCGAGGACGUUGUUAUAGAAGAUGUUCAAUGUCCAGAUAUCAUGGAAGAAGCAGAUGUAUCUGAAACGGUCAUCAUUCCUGAGCAAGUGCUGGACUCAGAUGUAACCGAAGAAGUUUCUUUAGCACAUUGCACAGUCCCAGAUGAUGUUUUAGCUUCUGAUAUUACUUCAGCCUCAAUGUCUAUGCCAGAACACGUCUUGACAAGUGAAUCCAUACAUGUGUCUGAUGUUGGACAUGUCGAACACGUUGUUCAUGAUAGUGUAGUAGAGGCAGAGAUCGUCACUGAUCCUCUGACAGCUGACGUAGUGUCAGAAGAAGUAUUGGUAGCAGAUUGUGCCUCUGAAGCAGUCAUAGAUGCCAAUGGGAUUCCUGUGGACCAGCAAGAUGAUGACAAAAGCAACUGUGAGGACUACCUUAUGAUUUCCUUGGAUGAUGCUGGCAAAAUAGAACACGAUGGUUCCUCGGGAAUGACCAUGGAUGCAGAGUCGGAAAUCGAUCCUUGUAAAGUGGAUGGCACUUGCCCUGAAGUCAUCAAGGUGUACAUUUUUAAAGCUGACCCUGGAGAGGAUGACUUAGGUGGCACUGUAGACAUUGUGGAGAGUGAGCCUGAGAAUGAUCAUGGAGUUGAACUACUUGAUCAAAAUAGCAGUAUUCGUGUGCCAAGGGAAAAGAUGGUUUAUAUGACUGUCAACGACUCUCAGCAAGAAGAUGAAGAUUUAAAUGUUGCAGAAAUUGCAGACGAAGUUUAUAUGGAAGUGAUUGUAGGAGAGGAGGAUGCUGCUGCUGCAGCGGCAGCCGCUGCUGCACAUGAACAGCAAAUCGAUGACAGUGAAAUCAAAACUUUCAUGCCAAUAGCAUGGGCAGCAGCUUACGGUAAUAAUUCUGAUGGAAUUGAAAACCGGAAUGGCACUGCAAGUGCCCUCUUGCACAUAGAUGAGUCUGCUGGGCUUGGCAGACUGGCUAAACAAAAACCAAAGAAAAGGAGAAGACCUGAUUCCAGGCAGUACCAAACAGCAAUAAUUAUUGGCCCUGAUGGACAUCCCUUGACUGUCUAUCCUUGCAUGAUUUGUGGGAAAAAGUUUAAGUCGAGAGGUUUUUUGAAAAGGCACAUGAAAAACCAUCCUGAACACCUUACCAAGAAGAAAUACCGCUGUACUGACUGUGAUUACACUACCAACAAGAAGAUAAGUUUACACAACCACCUGGAGAGCCACAAGCUGACCAGCAAGGCAGAGAAGGCCAUCGAAUGCGACGAAUGUGGGAAGCAUUUCUCUCACGCUGGGGCUUUGUUUACUCACAAAAUGGUGCAUAAGGAAAAAGGAGCCAACAAAAUGCACAAGUGUAAAUUCUGUGAAUAUGAGACAGCUGAACAAGGGUUGUUGAAUCGCCACCUUUUGGCGGUCCACAGCAAGAACUUUCCUCAUAUAUGUGUGGAGUGCGGUAAAGGUUUUCGUCACCCAUCAGAGCUCAAAAAGCACAUGCGAAUCCAUACUGGGGAAAAGCCGUACCAAUGCCAGUACUGCGAAUAUAGGUCUGCAGACUCUUCUAACUUGAAAACGCAUGUAAAAACUAAGCAUAGUAAAGAGAUGCCAUUCAAGUGUGACAUUUGUCUUCUGACUUUCUCAGAUACCAAAGAGGUGCAGCAACAUGCUCUUAUCCACCAAGAAAGCAAAACACACCAGUGUUUGCAUUGCGACCACAAGAGUUCGAACUCAAGCGAUUUGAAACGACACAUAAUUUCAGUUCACACAAAGGACUACCCCCAUAAGUGUGAUAUGUGUGAUAAAGGCUUUCACAGGCCUUCAGAACUCAAGAAACAUGUGGCUGCCCACAAGGGUAAAAAAAUGCACCAGUGCAGACAUUGUGACUUUAAGAUUGCAGAUCCGUUCGUUCUAAGUCGCCAUAUUCUCUCAGUUCACACAAAAGAUCUUCCAUUUAGGUGUAAGAGAUGUAGAAAGGGAUUUAGGCAACAGAAUGAGCUUAAAAAGCAUAUGAAGACACACAGUGGUAGGAAAGUAUAUCAGUGUGAGUACUGUGAGUAUAGCACUACAGAUGCCUCAGGCUUUAAACGGCACGUUAUCUCCAUUCAUACGAAAGACUAUCCCCACCGUUGUGAGUACUGCAAGAAAGGGUUCCGAAGACCUUCAGAAAAGAACCAGCACAUAAUGCGACAUCAUAAAGAAGUUGGCCUGCCCUAACAAUACUUCUACAAACUUUUGUAGAGAUGUUGGCCUUGAAGCAGAAAAUUCAUUUUAAAGCCACAGUCUCGUUCACAUACAAUACUGUAUAUUGAUUUAUGCUGUGUACAAAUAGAAUUAUUGCUUCUAGUUGACUUUUUUUUUUUUUUACCAUUUGUUCAAUAGUGUGUUCUGAAUUCUAUUCAGUUUGUUUAAUAAAUGGGGAAAAGCAGCAACAAGCAAGUUGCAGCAACAAGCAAGUUGCAGCAACAAGCUUUUAAUAAAGUAAUCCCUGAUUCUAUACUGAGUUUUUCUAUCUUAGAAGUUUUAUAUUUAUUUAAAUAUUUACCUUGCUUACCUUGAUGGUACUCUUCUAAGACCAUUUAACUUAAAGUUAAGGUAAUUUUAGAUUGGUAACUCUGAAAGUACUCAUGUUGACUUAUUUUUUUUUUUCCCAUAAAUUUCUCACAAUAAAAUUGUCAGAGACAUCUACUAAUAUAAAUGGGAGAUUUUAUGGUCAGGUCUAAUUAUCCUAACAUGGGAGUCAUUUACUCAUCUUGUUUUAAUAUUUUCAGACCACAUGACAAUGAAAGUUUCCAUUUGAGCGUUUGUGUCCCUGGCAUCGCUGAGUAAAGAGCAGUGGCUGGGUUUGUGUUUACCUUUCGUUUUGUUCAGCAGACAAAAUAUACUUUUGGGGGUGCUUUCUCUGGAGUAUUUACAUCUUUUGUCAGCAUAGCAAACUUUUAGAAAACUUUAUUGAAAAAUCUUGCUUGAUCCUGUUGUAUUUUGUCUUUGCUGCUUUGUGUUGGAAUGGUUGUGUGCUACAGAUGAGACUUACUGAGGACUGCAUUUGGAAUCUCCUAGAGGUAAUUCGUGGCUCGUAGGAUCUUUUGCAACUUUAUAUAUGUAAAUGUACCCUGAAUUAUGUAUAUGCACAUAUAUAUAACAUGUAUCUGUGUGUAUUGCUUAUUUUACAUAUUUAUACACACAACCCCAAGUAGUAGUUGUUGAAAAUCUAUGAUGAAAAGUAUUAAAUUUACAAUAACAUGAAAGAUGCAGGGAUGCAUGAGAGAGCAUUUUGUAAAUCUUGCUCUUUGGAGAGACUACUCAGGUGAAGAAUUAGAAGGAAAAUAAGGACACUAGUAUUUUUAAAGAGUAAAGGUAUUUUCUUUUAAAAAUCUUUGGUAACUGAAAAAUAGAAGUUAAGAUGUUUCUAGAUAGAAUGUUUUCAUAUAACUUCAGCUCCAUGCCUUUAUAUUUUUCAGAAAAGCUAAUGAGAAUCCAGACAUAACUCCCUCAGUUCUCUCUGAGAAGCCCAUGAAGGGAUUCUGUGUCCCCAAGUGAGGGGACUAAGGAAGCAGUUGCUCCAUGUACCACAGAAUGGGUGCUCAUUACGACUUACAUUGGGCAAGUUCAGCCUGCUCUGUUACUUCUUCGUUACAGCUGGCAGCCUUUCAAAAACUUAACACUCAAGCUGGCUUUGAUUAGAAGAUAAAGGUGUGUUUUAAGUGCAUGAGGAAAAUCUGAGGCCUUAUUUGGAACAUCACCAAGUCUUUCACAGUUUCGUUUUUCUUUGAAAGUUAACACUUUUUAACAGAGAGUUCUGAAUCAGAGUAAUAAAUUCAUAAAGUGAACUUGGUUAGUUAGAAUUUGUUUAUGUUAAGAUGAAUCUUGGAGAACUGAAAACAGGUUUUGGGAUCCCUUAAAUUGGCUGUCGGCACAUGAGUAUCUGGUACAUCAUGGGAGAUUUUGGAGUUUUCUCCCCACUUGUUAGCUGCCUUGCCAGUUCAUUAUGGUGUUCCCUCCCCUUUGUGCUAUUAGGUUUUUAGCUUUCAUCUUUCUCUUUGCCGUUGAUAUUUGUAUGCAAGAGUUAUAUUUAUAGUGUUAGAAAUCUAAUAUUUGGUGUUUGGCAAGCCUCUGAAGUGCUAGGUUGAUUUAGUCCAGUUCUAUCUAAAUCAAGUGCUUUAGGCUGGUAUAACUCCAUCCUGAAUGCCAGUCAAAGCCAAGGCAUAGGAAUGCCUGUGCCCUCUUGGCCCCCGUAAUGUGCUUUUUUUUUUUCAAAGUAACUUAACCAUCGUGUGAUUCAUUGCCCUGCAGUACUAUUGAAAGCUCUGUCUGUUUUUUUGUGAGAACCUUUAAAAUCUCCCUUAAUUUUUAUUUUUCCCAGAAAUAGUGUAAAAGAAAACACUUAAACAAAAGUGGAAAUUUAUUGAUUUUAAAACAUCCGUAAAAAUUAAUACAGAAAAUAUAAAUAAUUGGUCAUGUAUAUUUUUUUAAAUAAACUGAAAGAUAAAGAACACAACAAUUUACACACUUUAUAUUUCUCUUACAUGGUCUGGAAUCAUACACAGUUCUUUUCUUUUUAAAGCACAAUAUUGAAACCUUUAAAAGGUAUUUAAGGGUUUGGUCAAGUGAAUAUGGUAAAAUAUUUGUAUAAAGAGAAAAAAAUUGUAGUCACUGUUAUGUACUGACAUUAGUUACAACCUAGUUUUAAUUCUUAAAACAAUUUUGAUUAGCAAAGCUAAAAAAAAAUGGUUGUUUCAGUUAAAUGUUUUAAAGAGGUACAGAUUUUUACAAGGACAUAAUAUAAGUUAUUGUUCUGUAGAAAUAUCCUUAAAUAUUGUAUGUCCCUCCCUCUGUACACUUUGUAAAAAAGGUAAAAUACAUAAAAAGAAAAUCAUAUAGGGAUGUGUGACAUUAUUGUAAUUGUGUACUUGAGAAUAACGUGCAAAAAUAAAAAUCAGAAUAUUUUCCUGUUAAUGUUUAGUCUAUUUGAUACCAGUACUAAGUUAAUGCUUUUUCUUAAGAAAAAAAAUGUACAGUUUUUGUAAACCUAAUAAACAUCAAAAGCAGUGGAUUAUUUUCAUUUCCCCAUUUCUUAAUUCCUUAUAUGCAGCAGUGGAAUGCGAAAUGCUUGAUUGCUUUGAAUUUUGUGACUUGGAUUUAAAUCGAAUAAUAUUUCAGUUCUGCGAAUUUACAAGUAACAUUUCAGAGAAGUUAAGAGGUGAUUGGUGAGUCCUUUGAUGAGCAUGUCCUUGAAAUUCAUUUUUUCUUUUAUCUUCAUAAAGGAUUUGUUUUAUUAGCAUCUCUAAUUCCCCUGAGAUAAAUUUUCCCAUGCAUAAAGUGGUUUUUGAGAGCACUUAUUUCAGCAUCAGUCCACAGCCCAGCCCCACAGCAGAAGCCCUGCCCUAGAGUUACCCCUUUGUGCCCAGUUUGGAGGGCUUUAGUAGGCGCUAACAUACUAGAGAAUGAUCAUUGUUAUAAUAAAAAUCGGAAGUUAGGUAAAAGUUAUCAGGACUCAGAAGAAAGUAAGGAAAUAGAUUUGAGUCAUCUUUGAUUUUUAAAGAUGAGAUCCUGCAGUUAUUUAACUGUUGGAACAAGUGUUUCCCUAAUAGUUGAAACACUAAGUAAUCAAAAUUUGAGGUAAACGAUCAAGAAAACAUGGUGAAUGUCACUGUCCAGAGCCGUAAAAAAGGCAAAACCACACCAUGCUGAAAAACUUAAUUGUAGUAGAACACCUGACAGAUAACAUCUUGCUGGUCUGUGAUGCCAACCAGUCAGAUAGUGUACUGCUCAGUACUCUGGGAAUCUCAGUAUUGACAAUUUCCUUUAUUUCUCACAAAUUCUAGGAUUCAUGGAAGGAAAAGCUUGACCAGUUGAAAUCUUGAAAGGGUGAUAGUUCAGGGCAGUGGUUUUUUUCAAAGCCUGGCAGCAGCGGCAGCAUUAUAAUCACCUAGACUUUGUUAAAGAUGCAAAUUCUCAGCUCCACCUCAGACUCACUGAAUCAGAAACUGGGUGUGGGACCCAGUGAUCUGUGUCUUUACACCUCCUCCAAGUGACUCUGAUGCAUGCUCAAGUUUGGGAAGCACUGUUUUAGAGCACUUGAGGAACUUGAAAGAUUACUGGGGCAUUCAUUUUGUGUAGUAGACAAGACACACGUACACACACACACACACACACACACACCCAAACCCCAGAAGGAAGCAGUGAUGGUGAAAUGGGACUCAGUUUAUACCUUCACUUUCAUAUCACUUUACUCCUUUUGAAAUGUGAGCCUGUCAGCCAAUAAAUAUAUCUUUUAGUACACAUGAAAAUAGCCUGUAUGUACUUCAUAAAUCUUGUAUGACCUCCCCAAAGUUACAUUCCCCAAAGGUAAAUAGAAUUCAGAGGAAGAUUCACCAAGUAAAAAAGAAGGGCUGAAAAGUGUGUGUUGAAUUGGCCCAACAUUACUUAAGUAAUUCAUAUCUGAAAAACUAUUUUGCCACAUUCUGCAGCUGUUUAGAUAAGGUCAAAAUUAAGUUUGCCCUUUUGGAUUUUGUUUUAUCUUUUGUGUAUGUAUUGUUUGCCUUUUUCAUAAAACAAUUCUUGGAUUUGUUAUAUAUUGUUCCUGUUAUUUUUGACAUCUUUGCUAUUGUAAAUAAAUUCCUAUUUUGUUUUAAGUUACCCUAGUGGAGUGUUGGCUAUAGACAAGGCAUACACACACACACACAUACAUGGACAUGAGGCUUAAAUCACACAGUUAAUAAAUCCCCAGCACGGUAUAAGCUGGGAGUGAUAGGACCCCUUCAGUAGUUCAGCACUUCU